UAUGAUGGAGAGAAAAUGCUGGUAGGUGGGAAUAAUGGACGUUGGCAGGUGCUAGAUGCCAUGUGUUUGAUCCACAGUCCAGCAUCAGUGGGCGUUGCAGGAGGCUUGAUGGGCGGUGACGUGGAUAUGGACCGGGGUCACAAGUCUCUCUGUCUUUUUGCUGAAGCAUUCAGUCGGAGAAGGGACCCGGAAUCAACGCACACAGCAGCCAUGGAAGACAACGACGAGACGAAGAAGCCCAAGCAGAAAACUGCUGUUAUUUGUGGUUACCCAAUAAGCAUCUUCUUCAUUGUGGUCAAUGAAUUCUGCGAGCGUUUCUCCUACUAUGGCAUGCGAGCUGUGCUUGUGCUGUACUUCAAGUACUUCCUGAAGUGGGAUGAUGACUUUUCCACCACCAUCUACCACACCUUUGUGGCUCUGUGCUACCUGACACCCAUCCUGGGAGCCAUCGUGGCUGAUUCAUGGCUCGGCAAGUUCAAGACGAUUGUUUACCUUUCCAUCGUAUAUACGCUGGGACAGGUUGUCAUGGCAGUAAGUGCUAUCCAUGACCUCACAGAUACAAACAAGGAUGGAACCCCCGACAACAUGACCUUACACGUAGCUCUGUCCAUGGUGGGUCUGAUGCUCAUCGCCCUGGGGACGGGAGGCAUCAAACCCUGCGUGGCUGCCUUCGGUGGAGACCAGUUUCUAGACCAUCAGGAGAAGCAGAGGAGCACGUUCUUCUCCAUCUUCUACCUGUCCAUCAACGCUGGCAGUCUGCUGUCUACUGUCAUCACCCCCAUCCUCAGAGCUCAGGAGUGUGGUAUUCACACCAAGCAAUCGUGCUACCCUCUGGCCUUUGGAGUCCCUGCUGCUCUCAUGGUGGUAGCUCUGGUUGUGUUCAUUCUUGGAAGUGGCAUGUACAUUAAGACCCCCCCUCAAGGCAACAUCAUGGUGAAGGUCUGCACAUGCAUCGGGUUUGCUAUCAAGAACCGCUUCAGGCAUCGUUCUUCUCAAUACCCUAAGAGAGAACACUGGAUGGACUGGUCUGAUGAGAAAUACGACAAACUCCUGAUUGCCCAGGUGAAGAUGGUGGUGAAGGUGCUGUUCCUCUACAUCCCUCUUCCCAUGUUCUGGGCUCUCUUUGACCAGCAGGGCUCCAGAUGGACCCUCCAGGCCACCAUCAUGGACGGAAACUUUGGACUCCUCACAAUCCAGCCCGAUCAGAUGCAGACUGUCAACCCUAUCUUGAUCCUGAUCAUGGUUCCAAUCAUGGACAGUGUCAUCUACCCACUGAUUGCCAAGUGCAAACUAAACUUCUCCCCGUUGAAGAGGAUGACUGUUGGGAUGUUAUUUGCUGCUCUUGCGUUCGUUGCUGCUGCCCUGGUUCAGUUACAGAUUGAUCAAACCAUGCCUAUAUUCCCUUCAAGCACUGAAAGCCAAGUGAAGUACAUCAACAUGAUGAGCACACCGCUGGACGUCAAAGCUGGAAACAACUAUUUUACUUUGAAGCCUUUCACGGCCAAUGAGGAUUACUUGACCUUUGGAUCACCAUUUACACUAAUUCUUGGGCCAAAUGCCAGCUCCCAAAUAGCUGUCGAGGAGGGCAAUCGCAGCACCUCGGUCAUCGUCCAGGAAGGGACUCUACCCAAGCCUAUAACAUUCUCAGACAUCACCUCAAAGCCGGAGCAGGGCGCUAAUGCUAUCAGAUUCUUCAAUGGAUUGAACAUAACUUUGAAUAUGACAUGGGAUGACCAGAGCUUUGGGAACAUCCCCACCAACGACAUGUCAAAAUAUGUUUUGAUACCAAAGGGAGUUGCAGAGUACAAGAUCAAGGAUGCAUUGGGAUCAGUGUGCGACUACAAACAGGAGCUGGGCUUCGGCAGCUCCUACACCAUAGUGAUCCCUCCAACUUUCAACUUUGAAUCUACGUGUGGACAGAUCCUCAUUCCAGUGGUGGACAUCAAGCCUAACACCAUCCACAUGGCCUGGCAGAUCCCUCAGUACUUCCUCAUGACUGUAGGAGAGGUGGUGUUCUCCGUCACCGGCCUGGAGUUCUCCUACUCACAGGCACCCAGCAACAUGAAGUCUGUGCUGCAGGCUGGUUGGCUGCUGACUGUUGCCGUAGGUAACAUCGUUGUGCUCAUUAUCGCCGAGGCUGCAACGCUCGAAGAACAGUGGGCCGAGUACAUCCUCUUCGCCUCCCUGCUGGUGUUAGUGUGCUUCAUCUUUGCCUUCAUGGCCUAUUUCUACACCUACAUUGACCCGGCCAAGAUAGAAGCGGAGUUUGCCCAUAAGGAGCCUGAGGAGAAGAAGAGGAAGAGUGUGGAGAUGAGCAGGAAGGACUCAGUGGAGCAGCGCAGCGAGGGCAGGAAGAGCUCUCACUCCGGCUCUGAGAAGGAUGAGGAGACCCUCCAGACCAAGAUAUAAAGCCACGCUUCUCUGCUGCUUGGUUCUGUUGCAUGGACAUGUAGUGGUAAGAAUGAAUAGAUAAGGAGAACAUAGACAAA